AUGCAUCAGAAAAAAUCUGAAGUACAGAUCGGAAAAGAAAGCAGCGGCGUCUCUUCCGAUUUCAACCCGACCCCACCUCUCCCGCCGUCUUCCCUCACCCAGAAACACUCCCACCUUUCUCAAAAUUCCCAUCCUUGUCCCCACCACCCUCCUCCUUCCUCCGGCGUCGUUUCCACCCUUCAGAUCCUCAUCAACGACGACAACCACCAGCAGCUGGACCAGAAUGACCAUUUUGUCCUCAAGCCCACCCCUUUCAAGCGACCCCAUCUCCAGCAGCAAUUCUCCAGUUCCCUAGCCAAGACGCCGACUUUAUCCAAUGCCCUCCAUAGAUACAGCGGCGUUCCCUCACCGAACCCACCUCCAAAAUUCAAUAUUUUCUACAAUCGGUCUCGAAAAUUUCUGACCCAUUUCAACCACCACCUCCGCCACCGGUUUCGGGUCCACCUCCGCCUCAUCCUUCUACUCAGCCUUCCAUUCUUCUACUUUCUGGUUUCUCAACCUUCCAGCUCCUUCGUACUCGACUUACUGUCUGCUUUUGCCUUCUCGGCCGUGCUUUUGUUCUCCUUAAACUUGGCCAUUCCACGGCUGCCCUCUAUAAGGUUGUUCCUUUCCAGGUCAUUGCCGAUCAAGAUUAGUGCAAAGGGUCACACUACCGGGCCACACUUGCCGGUGUUUUGGUCUAUCGGGUCCCGGCAAAAGGCGGAUAAGAAAGCAAUCUCGGGAUGUUAUGUGCAGGCAUAUAGUAAUGGGGAUGUGUACGAGGGUGAGUUUCAUAAGGGGAAAUGUAAUGGGAGUGGUGUGUAUUACUAUUAUAUGAGUGGUAGGUUUGAAGGGGAUUGGGUAGACGGCAGGUAUGAUGGCUAUGGGGUUGAGACGUGGGCAAGGGGUAGCAGAUACAGAGGGCAGUAUAGGCAGGGUCUUAGGCACGGUUUUGGGGUGUAUCGGUUUUAUACGGGGGAUGUUUAUGCUGGGGAAUGGUCUAGUGGACAGAGCCAUGGUUGUGGGAUCCACACUUGUGAGGAUGGUAGUCGAUAUGUGGGAGAGUUUAAGUGGGGUGUUAAACAUGGUCUUGGGCGCUACCACUUUAGGAAUGGGGAUAGAUAUGCUGGAGAAUAUUUUGCUGAUAAGAUGCAUGGAUUUGGAGUGUACUAUUUUGCAAAUGGGCAUCGUUACGAGGGGGCUUGGCAUGAAGGUAGAAGACAGGGGCUUGGUAUGUACACUUUCAGAAAUGGUGAAACUCAGUCUGGUCAUUGGCAAAACGGAAUUCUGGAUGUUCCGAGCACGCAAAGCACUGUCUUUCCUGUUUCUCCUGUUGCUGUGAACCACUCCAAAGUGCUUAAUGCUGUCCAGGAAGCUCGACUGGCGGCAGAGAAAGCAUACGAGGUGGCAAAGGUGGACGAGAGAGUCAACAGAGCAGUUGCAGCAGCCAACCGAGCCGCUACUGCUGCUAGAGUUGCGGCUGUGAAGGCCGUGCAGAAGCAAAUGCAUCAUAGGAGCAAUAGUGACGAGAUCCCAAUUCCUAUUGUGCGAUGA